AUGAAAUUCACACUGUUUUGGAUAUUUAUUUCAUUCUUUCGAACUCGAAACUGCAAUUUAGAACUGGAAGAAAAUAGUGAAAUAAAUUUUAGGUUAAAAGUAUUUUCAGACGCAAUUGAGAAGCUUUAUUUUGAUAAUUCUAUAGAUUUUAACUUAAUAAUUUAUCGGAAUGCAGAUAAAACAAUAAUUGAUCAAAUUGAAAUUUUUAAAUCUGGAAAUUAUGCAUAUGAAUUGAAAUUACUAAGCUUAAAUCCUUCAUCUUCAUGUUUUGACAUCGACAAUUCAGCAAUAAUUUUCCUAGAAGAUCUGGAAGCAUUAAAUGAAUUUAACUUCUAUGUUCGUUUAACAAAUGACUUUCCAAAAGAAUUGAAAUUCUUGGUAUGGUUUGAUGAUGCGACAAUAUCAUUAAUACAUGUUGAGCACUUAUAUGAUGAUUAUGGCGAUAUUACUCAGUAUGAAUACAUCAUUUUCUAUAUUGAAGACAAUUUGAAUAUUUUUACUUUUGAUUGGUUUGAAGAAGAAUUUUGUGGAUCACCAAAGCUUUUGGCACUUGAUACAAUUCAUAACGAAUCAAUGCACUGGAAUCAAAAUAUAACAAAAUAUAAAAAAUUCCGAAAUUUCAAUAAUUGCGUUCUUUAUUCAAAUUUAGGAGAAGUUUUUGAAGUUAAUUCUCAUUUGGAUAGAUCAAGAAAUAAAAUGAAUGGAUUACUUGUCGACUUGUUUAAUGCAAUGGGACAGAAAGGAAAUUUUGAUGCCAAUUAUUUACCAAUUCCUGCUUUCCAUUUACAAGCUAAAUCUCGAUGUUUGAAUGAAAAAUUACAAACUAAUUUUGUACGAACUUUUUACCAUGUUUUUCAUAAAGUUAAAGCUAAUGGUGCUGGCUAUCAUGUCACAUCCACAUUCCGACAAACUCAAUUCAUAUUUUUAUUAACAGCUAGCGAUCCAAUUACAAUAACUGAAAAGCUGUUCCUACCAUUUGACAUCCACACCUGGAUCAUGUUGAUUAUAACAUUUGGAAUCGCAUUUCUUGUGAUUUUUAUUACAAAUCAAAUGCCAAAAAAGUUCCAAAAGUUAAUCUAUGGAACAGGAAUUAAAACUCCAGUGCUUAAUAUUUUUUACAUUUUCUUUGGAAUCGGACAAAUGAAAAUUCCAGACAAGACAUUUCCACGAUUUCUACUUACUUCCUUUAUUUUGUUUUGUUUGAUCUUUCGAACAUGCUAUCAAACAAAGCUAGCAUUUUUCAUUCCUGACGAGCAACUCGCUAUUUUGAAACAGGAUUGUAAAUGUGAACCAAAGAUCCUUAAACAGCCACUUUUCACCAUACAAGUUGGAAUAGGACUUUUACCAAAUCACUUCCUAUAUGAUCUUACUGAAGAUGUAGUUCAACGAUUCAUUUCAGCUGGAAUCAUUCAAUACUUUUAUGAAUAUUACGGUUGGUUGCUAUUUCAUACCAGAAUUAAUAAUGAAGACACUGGACCAAAAGUCCUUACAUAUGAUGAUUUGGCAUUUGGAUUUCAUAUUUUCAUAAUGAAUCUUUUACUUUUAAUGCAAUUGAAUUUGAUAACUUGCUCAAUACUUGAAGAAGAAAUUUUAGAAGAAAAUUCAAGCAUUAAAAGCGUGCACUUAAGAGCCUUUUUAGAAGCUAUAGAUGAGCUUUUUGUUGAAAACUCCAUAAUUUUUGAUAUGGUUGUCUAUGCUGAUGCAAAUCAGUCGAUAAUUAAUGAAAUUGGAAUGGAAAGUUCUGGAAAUUUUUCAUAUGAAUUAAAACUAGUUAACAGUAGUUUAUUCAAUCCAUGUUUUAGUCUGAACAAUUCAGCUGUAAUUAUUGUUUCUGAUGAAAAAGCACUUAAUGAUUUUAAUUAUCAUGCACGAAUUACAAAUGAUUUCCCAAAACCAUUAAGAUUCUUGGUUUGGAUGAAUGACAUGCCAUUAUCAGUACUUUUAAAAUCUGAAGGUUUCCUGUAUGAUGAUUUUGGGGACAUCACUUACCUUAAAGGAGUUCUUGUUGACUUUUUUGAUUCGAUCGCACAAAAAGGCAAUUUUUCAACGUCCUACACAUCAAUUUUUGGAAUUCAUAAGCAGUUUGUUCCAUACUGUAUAAAUGAAAAAGUUCAUAAAGGAUUUUCAAUUACAAAAUAUCAAGUUUUUCAAAAGUUUAAAUCAAUUGUGACUCACUAUCAUGUCACAUCAACAUUCCAACAAACCAAAUUCAUCUUUCUACUCACAUCAAGCGAGCCAGUAACAAUCACUGAGAAGCUUUUCCUUCCAUUUGACUUCCAGACUUGGAUUAUGUUGAUCAUAACAUUUGGAAUCGCCCUUUUAGUAAUUCUUUUUGCUAAUUGUUUGCCAAAAACUUUUAAAAAUCUUAUUUAUGGCAAAGGAGUCGAAACUCCUGGUUUAAACUUGUGCUACAUUUUCUUUGGAAUCGGACAAAUGAAAGUUCCAGACAAGUCAUUUCCUAGAUUUCUUUUAAUGUCUUUUAUUCUGUUUUGUUUGAUCUUUCGUACCUGCUAUCAAAGUAAACUAUUUGAAUUUAUGACAACGGAUAUGAGACAAUCAUCUCCUGUUACAAUUGAUGACCUUUAUGAGAAUGGAUUUGUGAUCUACACGAUAGGUUUUCCACAUGUUAUUGAUCAUCUGAAUUCAAUGAUUGAUAAGAAAAGAAGGCCAAUCAUCAAAGCUCUCAACUCUUUUGCUGAAUUUCAAAUAUUGUAUGUAUCACAGCGACAAAACUACUCAGCAAAGCUCGCCUUUUUUGUCCCUGACGAUCAAUUAAGCACUCUAAGACAACUUUAUAUUGAAAAUUAUCUUGAAUUUGAUGUCAUAAUUUACGGAAAUGCUAGCAAAUUAACGAUUGAUCAGCUUGGAUUAAAAAAUUUUGAAAUGUUUCCAUAUGAUCUUAAAAUUAUCAGCAAUAAAGUUGUCACAGAAUGUCUUGACAUUAGUAAAUCAGCUAUAAUAUUUGUCCAAAACAUCACUGAUCUUAACGAUUUUAAUUUCAUUGCAAAACUUUCUAAUUAUUUUCCAAAAACAUUGAAAUUUUUGAUUUGGAUGGAUGAUAUGGAAGUACUAUCAUAUGGAAACAUUGAACAUUUUCUGCAUGACAAUCCUGCACAUGUGUCACUUUAUGAAUAUAUUUUACAAGAUCUAAAUGGAACUUUAGAAUUAAUAACUUUCGAAUGGUUUGGUGAUGGAUUUUGUAAUUCUCCAAAACCUUUAUCGAUCGGACAAUUCAACUCAACUUCUAUGAAAUGGAAUAAAAACAUUCAAAGCUACAAGAAAUUUAGAAAUUUCCAUAAAUGUUUACUAGUUUCCGAUUUAACAGAACAGAUAGCUGUGAACAGAUACAAUGAUAAGAUCUCCGGUAAAAGUAAAGGAUUCAUGAUCGAUUUGUUCACAGCAAUAGCUCAGAAAGGAAAUUUUUCAACAGUUUUUUUUUAUAGAUAUAGACCUGCUCCUUUUAAUGGGAUCGAAUGCAUGAAGCAGAAAAGAAUGAAGGAAAAAGAUAAAAGAAGAAACAAAAUUAACUUUGAUGUUUGCUUAAGAAUCAAAGCCAAUGGACAUACUGAUCAUAUCACAUCAACUUUUCAUCAAACUAGUUAUAUAUUUUUAAUUACUCCUGAUGAUCCAAUUACAAUAACUGAAAAGCUGUUUCUUCCAUUUGAUGAAUUUACCUGGAUCAUGUUGAUUAUAACAUUUGGAAUCGCAUUUCUUGUGAUUUUUAUUACAAAUCAAAUGCCAAUAAAGUUUCAAAAGUUAAUCUAUGGAACAGGAAUUAAAACUCCAGUGCUUAAUAUUUUUUACAUUUUCUUUGGAAUCGGACAAAUGAAAAUUCCAGACAAGACAUUUCCACGAUUUCUACUUACUUCCUUUAUUUUGUUUUGUUUGAUCUUUCGAACAUGCUAUCAAAGUAAGUUAUUUGAGUUCAUGACAUCGGAUAUGAGAAAAGCUUCGCCAUUAACAAUUGAUGAUCUUUAUGAGAAAAACUUUUUAAUUCAUACAAUGGACUAUCCGAAUGUGUUGAAUGUUUUGACAAAUAUGAUUGAUCAUAGAAAAAGACCUCAAAUCAUUACCACAAACAACAUGUUACAACUUUACAGCCAUUACAUAUCUCAAAGAAAGAACCAUUCAUCUAGACUAGCAUUUUUUAUUCCAAAUGAUGAACUUGUUUUUAUUAAAAAGAAAUGUAAAUGUUCACCAAAAAUAUUAAAUCAAGCUCUUUUCUCAAUUCAAAUUGGAAUUGGUUUAAUUCCUAAUCAUUUUCUCUACGAUCUUACUGAAGAUGUAAUGCAACAACUUAUUCCAAUGGGAAUUGUUCAAUACAUGCUUGAAUUUCACACGUGGAUGAAGUUUCGAACAGAUAUUAUCCUUCCAUCGAGCCAACCAGCUGUUCUUUCAAUUGACAAUGUUGCUUUUGGAUUUUAUAUUUGCAUGGUGACAUGUGGAUUUUCGAUUGUUGCAUUCGUAAUGGAAAUUUUAAUUUUUAAACUUAAAAUGAGAAUGAACAAAUUUAUUGGAAAUUUUGUUUUUAAAAGAAUUCAGGAUAUUUAUGAUAUGAGUGGUAGGGAGCGGUGUCAACGCCAAAGUUUAGAAUCUUGA